AUGUCUGUGAGCCAUCAGAAGAUCUUCAAUUACUGCCGGGCCUACAGCAACACCCUUGAACUUGAUCAUCUGGGACCGCCUCCCCUCUCCGGACGCAAUGCCCGUAGAUAUCCCCCAAUAACUAUAUCUCCACACCCAUCGGACCAGCAUGGCAUGGACUUAUAUGUGACUUCGAAUAAAAGUAAUCGAGCCGCUUCCACUGCAGCCCCAAAGAUGCAUGGGGUCAGAUUCCAAACAACACAAUUCCACGCCGUUCCGGAAACAGAGCUUCACAGGAAUUGUAUAAAUCUGGAGCAAUAG